AUGGCCAGCUCUGCCGCAACACGCCGCGGACCCCUCACCGCGGACAUCGCGCGGGCUCAGAACGGCAGCCGCGCCUUCCAGCUCCAUCGAUAUCCCAGCGGCCGCAAACGUGCGCCCGCCCAUGUACUUCCGCUGGAAACCCAGCGCGUCCGCUCUCUUCGUGCAUCCUGCGAGGCACACGCAGUUCAACCUACACACGUACGUCGAGUACGUGUGUGGCGCACGCUCGCCGUCCGCAGCCCGCGCACAUCGCCCGGCGAGAAUACGUACAUGGGCAUCUGCACCGACGCGCCGACCAAUCUAGUCACCGGUGGCGGCGCCCAAAUUGGAAUAUCACCCAAGUACGGUGCGUCGCGCAUCAUCGACUCCCUCCUCUCCGUCCUCACACGGCAGCGUUCGCGCAUCGAGCCGCAGAACGCGAGCGAAGUCGGGUGCCCUGCGCGCCGCAGCACAUGGGCGCGCGGGCACGUUCUGGCUGGCUUCGCGCACGCGUACGUCACAGUCGGCGGUCGCGCCGGGCGGCUUCCCGCGCCCGUCGCGCCGCGCUCAUCUGACCACCCGCGCCGCGCGCCCUCUUUCCAUUUCGCCCUUUCUCGCGAGUCGGCUCGCGCGUCGCGUACCGGCACACGUCCGGCGGGCGCGCCCAUCCCGCGCCCGUCGGCGAGUGGCACCACGCAGUCUUCGCACUCCUCCGGGCGGUCGUCGGCUACAGCCGGCUUCGUACACGCCGAGCGGCCAUGA